AUGCAACCUCUCAAUCUCAUCCAAACCACCUCCACUUCGAGGUCCCUGUUCAACUCAUUAAGAUCCUCGAACCGUCUCACUUCACGAGCCACGACAUUUGCUCAGAACCUACGCCAUCUGGCCACCAGCCGAACCACUCCAGCUGAGGGGAGUCGACCUCUCAGACAAGAACCGGAUAGCGCACAGUUCACAGUCUCCAGAUCGGAGAUCGAACACUUCAACAAGUUGGCCUCGACAUGGUGGAACGAGCAUGGCGCGUUUGGGUUGCUACACAGGAUGAAUCCGGUCCGAGUACUCGAUGUCGGCUGUGGGGGCGGAAUCUUCUCAGAAGUGCUCGCAAGACUCGGCGCUCAAGUCCUCGGUAUCGACGCCGCAGAGGACAGCAUCAAGGCCGCCCGUCUACACGCCCAAUCCGAUCCUCAGCUCAACCCUCUUUCCAACCCGAAUCCAAAACUGCUCUAUCGCCACUGCUCCGUCGAAUCCUUACUCCAAUCCGAUAACUUGCAUCAUCAUGGGCGGUACGAUAUCGUUUGUGCUAUGGAGGUCAUCGAACACGUUGAAAACCCUGCGGGAUUCCUCACCGCUCUAGCCGAGCUAACUAAACCGGGUGGACAUAUCAUCCUUUCAACCAUCUCCCGGACGCCGCUCUCAAAAUUUCUGACGAUCACGGUAGCCGAAUCCAACCUACCAAUCGUCGGCAUCGUCCCCCCGGGCACUCACACUUACAACAAGUUCAUCAAGCCAGAAGAGCUCACCGAAUUCUUCCGUGGCCAACUCGGUUGGGCAACCUCUUACGAAAGGUCCGAUCUCGAAACCCGUGGAUGUACCUACGAUCCACUUGCCGCUAGGUGGAAGCUUUUCCCCAGAGACGCCUUCUGGGGCCAGUGGUGCAACUAUUUCUUCGGUGUAAAAAAACCUCUGUAA